UUCUUCAUCAUCUUCCUCCUUUUUCUCUUACAAUACAAAAAAUGAAGCGCCAAUUUAGUACGAAGAAAUCUCUUUCUAUCUUAUUAGAUGAAGAUAAUAAUAAUAAUAAUAAUAAUAAGAUAGAAGAUCAAUCACCUAGCUUUCAUCACCUCUCUUUAAAUUUACAACAUAAUGAAAGCCCUGAAUCAUUAUGGAGUCGUUCUCCGAUAUCGAGCCCUUGUAAUCCUUCCCUUCUCUAUUGUUGUAUCUCCUCUCUUCGACACGAUGGAGAUGUUUACUCCAUCGCGGUAUCAGGAGACCUAGUGUUAACCGGCUCGAGUAGUCGUCGAGUUCAUGCAUGGUAUUCCCUUGACUGCCAUUCAAAAGGUUGUUUACAAGCUAGCUCUGGCGAUGUCCGAGCCAUGGCGGCUCAAGGUAACAUGCUCUUCACUUCCCAUAAGGACCACAAGGUUAGGAUAUGGAACAUGAAAUCAAAUAAUAAUGAUUUUAAGCCUAAAAAACUCACUACCCUACCAAUUUCAAACAAUUUCAAGAAUUUCAUCUUAAGACCAAUUACCCCACAACAUAAGGACAUUAUAUCUUGUAUGGCUUAUUACAAUAUUGAAGGGUUAUUAUAUACAGGGUCAUUUGAUAAAACUGUUAAAGUUUGGAGGUUAAAUGAGAGGAAAUGUAUUGAUUCUUUUGUAGCUCAUGCUGAUAAUAUAAAUGAUAUGGUAAUUAACCAACAAAAUGGCUAUCUUUUUACUUGUUCUUCAGAUGGGACAGUCAAAAUGUGGAUGAGGGUUUAUGGGGAGACCUCUCAUGUUUUAAUUAAGGUCCUUUGUGUUAAUAAAUACCCUAUUUACGCCUUGGCAUUGAGUAAUACUAGUAUGUUAUUACAAUCACAAAAUCAGAUUAGCAGCUUCUUGUAUUCAGGGUGUUUUGAUGGGUGUAUUAGUUUCUGGGAGCAAGAGGUUUCUUGCCAGUAUAAUAUGGGAAGCAGGUCUUUACAGGGGCAUCAGUUCGCGGUUCUCUGCCUCGUGGCUCUUGAGAAUUUGGUGAUUAGUGGGUCUGAGGACUCAACAAUCAGGAUAUGGAGGAGGUCGGAGGAAACAAGAGUUGCGUGUACUCAUGAGUGUAUCGCGGUUCUAGAAGGACACAGAGGACCUGUCAAAUGUUUGGCUGCUUUGUCCUGUAAGGACAAGUCUGUUGUAAGCUUUUUGGUGUUCAGUGCUAGCUUAGAUCAAACAUUUAAGGUGUGGAGAGUAAAACUCUUGCAGGAAAUGAAGAAUUCUUCCGCUGAUUAUUGUUGUAUUAAUGAAAAUGAUGAUGAUGACAUGGAAGUAAGAAACACUAGAAAGUCUAUGGAGGUUGAGCGAAGCACUGUGUUGUCACCUUCAUGGGUGCGGAGGAAGCUUCACUGUCGUAGUAUUCGCUAAUUAGCUAGCUUAAUCAUGAGUUUUUUAAUGUUUUGUUAACAACAUUGUAUGUUAAAAUAGCUAAAUAUUAUUCAUGUUGUAACAAUUUAACAAAACAGCUAAUGCAAAUUGUAUAACUUUCUGAUUUAUUUUCAUAAUCGCCUAAUUUGCUGUCAAUUUUAUGUACUGAA